GCAGCUUCUGCAAUGGGGUUAAAAACAAACCUGGCUAUAGCCGCUGGUCUCCUUCUUUUGGCUGUUGUAGUUGUGGUUCCUCCAGCAACUCUCCUUUCUCCUCGAACGUCACAGUUCAGGGCAACAUUCAGGCAGAAAUGUCAGGCUUUCCCAGAAACCAGGGAAAGAUGUGAACAGUUAUUAAGUAUGUUUGAGGAAGCCUAUGUGGGACAAGAUCCAUGUAACUUUCCAGAUGAAACUUACCAUCCGCUCUUUGUGGAGAGUCCCUUCACACAUUCAUGUGACAAGACAAUGUUCUGGAGCGACACAAAAGAUCUGGUGCAUCAGUUCUGCAAGGGGAGGAAUCAUUUCAUCUCCCUGGAGAACACGUUGUUAGGGAACAUCAUGGAUGGCCUGACAUGGUGUGGAAAGAAGAGCAGCAAAGACACAUUCUUCUAUUUGUGUGAAAAGUGUGACAUCAACACAGUGUCUUCAUUCUGGGUCAGAGCCUCUGCAGAGUUUGCAGACUAUGCUUGUGGAAAUGCCAGUGUUCUGCUAAAUGCAGCAAUAAGCAAACCAUUUGAUCCCACCAGUUACUUUGGAGCUGUUGAAGUUAGGAAACUCGCCUUUCCCAGAGUGCAGAGCCUGACUGUUAUUCUUGUUAUCAAGAAUGAUAAUGCAGAUUGUAGCCAUGAGUCUCUGCAGGUUUUACGAGACAUUCUGGAUCCAAGUAUUACUCUCCACUGCCGUUCAGUUACUGAAUCCAAGAUACUGGAGUGUGUAGAAUCAGGUAUAACCACUGAUGCCUGUUGGACUCAAAACUACAACCUGUCAAGAAAUAUCUUAACAACUUAAUUACAUUUUGUAUUACUAUUCACAGUUUGUAUUUUAUAGGUAUUGUUUUGUUUUACAAAAUAGCUUAUAAUAGUGUAUUCAAAUUAAACCAGAAUAUUCAAUGUGCCUUAUUGGGAUUUUAGGGUAUAAACAAAGUUAUUCCUCAUUAUGAGGUAGAGAGGAAACAAAGCAAGGGUAUAAAGACUUUUUUUUGCAAUUAUUUUAAAAUCAGCCCCUUUAUACUGAUAACUAUAAAUAAAAUCCAGCACAACCAAUUAUCUUUAGAUUGAUGACAGAGUCCACUUAUGUGUGCUUUAAUCUCAAAAUAAAUCCAGCUGUGGAAGCUGGAUGCAGCUAAAUGCAGGAUAAUCCUGGUGGAAAACCUUUGAGAAGCUGGAAAAAGUAUUGAAACUGUAUUGAGAUGAGGGUCAGCUUCCAGCAGGACAAACAUAUGACUAUUAUUUAUGUGCCAAUAUAAACAGUUAAUUAAAAAAGAAGUAAUAAAUAAAUUGUAUUGUCACGGUAGUACCACAAAAUAUCAGAAUACAACUUUAAGUCCAUCACCCAGGCCGAAAAUACAGUUAAUGGAGGUUCUGCAAAACAUAUAUAUAGAAAACUAGGUUUUUUAUUGCUACAUGUAUUUUCUGUACAGUUUGUGGCAGCAGCAGAAAAAUGAUUCAUUCAUAAUUUUUUCAAGGGACUAAAAUGUAAUCAAAUUAAAAUAUUUCCAUAUAAAACAUAUUAUUUUUAUGGAGCAUUUCUAUUCUUUAACUAUGGAGUAGAAAUUUAAUCAGUUUCUUACCAAGUUGCACUGAUGUAAAUGAAUAAGCCAGACCUGAUAAGUAAUCUACAGUGGCAAGAUAUUGAUUAUUA